GCUGACCUCUGUGAGAGGGGCUUGGACAGGGAUUUCUUGAGAGACUGCUACCUGCCACAGCCUCCCUGAAGAUUAGUAUUUGCUGCCAGUGCUGUGCUUCUUACAGUGGGGUAAGUGACAGCCAAAUAAACCCACUUUGUUUUGUUACACCUGACCAAGCUGUUGGUAGUGGUUUGUCCUGAGCCCAAGAGUGACCCAGGUCACACAGACCAAGGAUUUUUUUUCUUUUUUACUUUCCCAUGUAACCAAGUUCCUUUAACUGUUCCAUGCCUAUAUAUUUUUAAGGAAUGCAUUUUCAUUCGGAAAGAAAAGUGCUACACUCAUUAUCAGAUGAUGCUCAGGUGAUUUCAUUUGUUUCCGCAUAUUUAUUACCACAACCCAGUGAAGUAGGGAAGAAUGACGAUCCCCCCGUUACCGACAAGGAACUGAAACACAGAGAUUAAGUGGUUACCCGGAAAAUCUGUGUGGCAGAUGAGGAACUUGAACUGAAAUCUUCUUUGAGUCCCUACCAGACCACGUCUUUUUACAGGAAAACUGUGUUGAUAAUCACAGUUCAGAACUGCGUGAACUUGUGGGAAGGAUGCAGUCUGCCAGGAGAGUUUGAGGAAAAACAGAGGCCAGAAUAAACUAGCAGGACUGGGAAAGUCUGAGGACAAUGACAUGGAGGAAGAUGUUUGGAGUGUAUGCAACAGCUGGGGGAGUAAUUCUGUCCCAUCCAGACCACGUUUCCCAAAUUAGUAGGACCUGGAAUGAAGGAAGCUACAGCUGGAGAAGAGGAAGCUGUUCCUGAAUGAGAAACUGUUCACUGACAGGGAGUAUGAUAAUCAGAGUGAGAGUGAGAGAAAGCGACUGAAGAACCAGGGACCUGGUGAUUCAGUAAAUGGGGACAGAACACAGUAUCAAUUCCACAGUGAUUAAAGAUGGUUAAUUGUUUCCCCAGUUUAAGGAGGAUGAUAUAUUGAUGUCUAUUUCACUGCUUUUGAGAAGGCUUGUGAUUUAAAAUGGGUUCCCUCUGCAGAUUGACUCCAUUUUCUGUUGUCCUUCUUUGGGAGGUAAAGCCAUAGAUGCUUACAGCCCAAUGUUUGGGACAGGCUGUGGGGACUAUAAACAACUGAAAGCAGCUUUACUCCUCAGAUUUGUACUGACUGCAGAGAGACACAGGGAAAAGGGGAUUUUGUUUGUUUGUUUGUUUUGCAGGGAGGGGAGUCCAAAAGGAUAAGCUUGCCUGUAUGGAUGACUUUUAUGGAGGUGGUAACUCAGUUUUGAGAGGACAGAGUGCAUGUACUGUGUCAUUAACUUUGCUAAGACAACUAAGAGGAUAAAGCACUACUGAACACAAGCAUCUCUUCCUGCCUUCUAUUCACAUUUUAAUCUAUGGCUAUAUUUGAAGAAAAGCUUCUCAAAAGAAAGAUUUAAAAAGUGAAGAGCUUGACCAACCAGUGCCACAGCAUCACCAUUGGUAUACAAACGCAAACACUAAAAAUUUCAGAGUAGUUAACAACAAAAGCACAACAUGACUUCAGUGCUUCUUCAAAAUGAAGAAACACAAUAUUGCUUUGAGAAUAUUAAUGGAUCCUGCUAUAAAACAUCGUGGUCUUUUGGAAUCAGCAUAACUUUGUAUGUUGUGCUUAGUUUUCUGACAAUUCUUACACUAGGUGGUAACCUAAUGGUAAUGAUUUCAAUUGCUUAUUUCAAACAGCUUCACUCUCCUACAAAUAUUUUGCUCGCCUCCUUGGCAUGUGCUGAUUUUUGUUUGGGUCUGACGGUGCUGCCCUUCAGCAGUAUAAGAUCUGUGGAAACAUGCUGGUAUUUUGGGGAAACAUUCUGUAGAUUCCAUAGUUCUUUAGAAGUAUCUUUUUGUUAUUCAUCAAUAUUUCACUUAUGUUUCAUCUCUGUUGAUCGCUACGUUGCUGUUACUGAUCCUUUAAUUUACCCUCUCAAGUUCACAGUGACAGUUUCAGGCAUAUUCAUAGCUGUUGCCUGGAUAUUUUCAUUAGUAUUCAGUUUUUCGGUUGUCUUCACUGGGGCUAAUGACAAAGGGAUACAAGAGUUAAUAAAUGCCCUCUCCUGUGUAGGGAGCUGUCAGAUUCUCUUUAACAAAACAUGGGUGGUUGUAACCUCUCUCCUUUAUCUAAUACCCUUUUUUACAACAAUAGUACUUUACAGCAAGAUCUUUGCUGUGGCUAAACGACAAGCUAGAAUGAUAGAGAUGAUGAGCAACAACACCCAGUCAUCUGAAACUUACAGUGACAGAGUUAGCAGAAGAGAGAGGAAAGCUGCUAAAACCAUUGGUAUUGCUGUGAUUGCUUUUGUGGUAUUUUGGUUACCUUAUUCUAUAACUGUAAUAACUGAUGCUUUUUUUAACUUCAUAACACCACCCCUUCUCUUUGACAUUGUGGUUUGGUUCACUUAUUCCAACUCUGCCAUUAAUCCUUUGAUUUACUCUGUCUUUUAUCCUUGGUUUCGAAAAGCAAUGAAAGUGAUUGUGAGCUGUAAAAUGCUCCGGCUUGAUUGUUCCAGAAUGAAUUUAUUUCCAGACUGAAAACCUGUCCGAUUCUGCAUACAGCUACUCACUUCACAUUUCACAGGCAUUCCCCUCUUCAUAAAAUCUGGCUGUGUAUUUCUUUUUCUGAAUAAAAUAUUGUCAUCUUGAUUUUAUACUUUGUAUAACUUUUCUCAUUGUGAAAAACUGAUUUAUCACAUGAUAUCAAGACAAUUUAUUUACAGAUACUGUUAAUUUAAUACUAGAUUAUGGUAUGAAACAAUAAUAGAGCAAUGUCCAUUGGUUGGAAUUGUGAAACUGAGAAGAUAAAAGAAAAGGAGGACUUGUGGCACCUCAGAGACUAACAAAUUUAUUUGAGCAUAGGCUUUCGUGAGCUACAGCUCACUUCAUCAAAUGGCCCUCCAGAAUUAAACAAAGGCAAAAAAAGAAAGAUCAAAAAUUAGUUUUUCAGUGAAAUUCAUCUCUGUUCGUUAGGAAGUACUAACAAUACUGAAAACCAGAAAUGAUUUCCCAUCCCUUUAAAACCUAUAUGACAUCUUUUUUUUACCAAAUAAAUAGUAUAAAUACUAACAUUUUAUACUUAUAUAUUACUGUCAGCCUAUGGGUGUUCAAAUUCUUUACUAAUGAAUUAAGUCCCCCAACACGCAUAUGUAAUAGAUAUUAUUAUCCUCAUUUCAUGAAUAAGAACAUUGAAUUUCAGAGGGAGAUGGAAGUUUAACUCCAUUAGUCUCCUUUGAAAACCCCAACCAAAGAUAUCAAGGAUCCAAUCCUGCUACUUUUUAAAUUGGUGGCAAAACUCCCUUGACUUUUAAUGGGAGCAAGAAUAAGCCGGAACUGACUUGACCAUUUUCACAUAGGAAAUGUCCAGCUCUGUGCCUUAACCGCAAGACCAACCUUUCUCUCAGGGAAGUAUUGAGUUGAAAUAAGACUCUUUCAUGUGCACAAGGGUUCCUCACACAAGGGAGUAAUAAAGUAAUAAAAAGAAAGUAAUAAAAGAAACUAAAAGAACACAAUAAACUAAGGUGAAAUCCAGAUACCAAUGAAGUCAAGGAUAAAACUCCCCUUGAGAUCAACAGGACCAAGAUUUUACCCCUGCUGUUUUGAGAGAAAACUGUCCUUUCCAUUACAGGAGAAAAUCCAGUCACAACAGUCUUCUGUGUCACAGCAACAUUCUAUACUUGAAAGUUAUUUUGGUUUAAAGUAAGGUGUGAAUUUAAAGCGCAAUAGCUAGUUACUCUGCUGUAUCAAUUCCAGUUAAUUUCCCAUGUAGCCAAGCCCUAAGAUAUUUCCCACUGGCAGCAAGGGAUCUGGAUUUCAAACACUGGCUACAGAAGCCCUGGACAGGCCUGUUGUGAAUGAGAAAGAUUUGUUAAUUUGCAAUAUUGUCGUAUACUAACAGUAAAGUGCUUAUUAUCUCAUUUGAUAAAUUGUAAGUGAAGUAGGAGCAUGCCAUUGACGUUACUGUAGUAGGCAAGUUAUCUGUGUAUCACAUGAACUAACUGGAUUUUGUUAAUAAAAUCUAACAGUUUAA